AUGACUGUUGUCAUCCAAAGCUCCAGGUUCGACAUCGGCUCCCACCUGCAGGUUGCGGGCCAGCUCGUGGUGCGAGGUGGUCCCCGGCAGUGGGAAUGCGUAAAAUGCCCCUCCAUCCCCGCUGUCAGCUUGGGUCGUCAGCCACCCCCCGGGACCAGGGUGGCACUGAUGGCUCUGGUGCCUUUGCUGGCAUUUCUCUGGUGUUCUGCAUGUCGAGGUAAUCUUGUUGAGCUCCUCGAAACAAAGCGAGCCCUGGUUCCCCGUCUCGCCAGUCGACACUCAGGAGAAGGAAGGUACGGAUACUUGGUAAAGAAUCUUCCAUGGCGCUCCACCGCAUUGAAGAUCAGCCUCUGCGCCGCUGCCGUGGGAAAUAAGCUGUCAAGCGACGAAUUGGAGACCUCGGCGUCAGGGCCUGGAGUUCUUGGAUGGUUCUUGGUCAGUCUUGGACGACGAGCCGUACUCUGUGAACAUGAUCUUGCCAAUAUUUGA